AUGGGCGACAAAUCCCUUGCUUGCCAACAGGGCUUUCGAGCCGGCUACCUAGCUGCCUUCCACGCGUCCCUUCAGAUAUUGCCCGAGCCCAUGCAAGCCGCCUUGCGAGCCGCUGCAGCUCCUACUCACGCUGUCCAGAUGCAGACUGUUGCCGAGAGCGCCGAUGUUUCCACAGAUCUAGAGGUUGGUAUCAUUAACCUACCUAAAGAGGAGGGGGAGGAGGGGGAGGAGGAGAAGGAGAAGGAGGAGGAGGAGAAGGAGGAGAAGGAGGAGAGGAAGGAGGAGGAGAAGGAGGAGGAGGAUGAAGAAGAGGAAGAGGAAGAAGAGGAGGGAAGUGAUACAGACACACCUACCCCCGCACCCAAGCGCCGUCGUCUCUCAAGGCCCCCCACUACCGCUGUCGCCGCCCCGCUGGCCCCUGUCGCUCCUGCUGUCGAUGCCGCCUCUCUUAUCCUGGCGAUCGUCUCAAACCUGCAUUCUACCGAAGACGGGUCUCACACCAAUCCUUAA